UCUGGGAUGAGGACGAUGAUGAUGAGGAUGAAGAUGAAGUCUGUCGCCCCGCGUCUCAUGAUGAUGAUGAUGGUGGUGGUUUGUGUCUCCGCUGGUCCUCUUCCUCUAUUCAGAUCGGAUUAUUCCAACUCUACAAAUGUUCCACAGCAGAAACAAGAAAACGUCACCAGACUGGACGACCUUCAGCCUAAUGAAAACAUUACCGGGGACAUCUUAUAUGAUGUGGAGCAUUCUUUUGCCAGUGAACACACACUCAAGCCUCGUCCACGCCCCGGGGAGCAACGGGGGAGUGGAUGCCUUGCUCUGAGGCACAUUCCCAGGAUUUGGAGCAGCAACCCUCUUGAGUCUCAUGUGGUCUCUGUCACUGUCUCACGUAGUCUCUGUCUCACCUAUACUGCAGCCCGAUGUGCAUUCUCCCGUCCUGUGCCUUGGCGAACCUCGGCCAUUCCCUCCAGACUGGGGAUGAAACCGCGGGCAGCUUCACGAGAGACCCGUACAGCUACGGGAAGAAAUGACAGCUGAUCGAUCAUCAAUAAUCAGAUUGACAAGGUCACCGGGGUCACGGUCUGUUGUUAAUGAGCUGAAUAAAACUUACUUUAGAUCACA